AAGUCAGACAUGGGAGCCCGGCGCGCGCUGCACUUCGUGUUCAAAGUGGGGAACCGUGGCCAGAGCGCCCGCUUCUACCGCGACCUGCUGGGCAUGAGGAUUCUAAGACAUGAAGAAUUUGAGGAAGGCUGCAAAGCUACUUGUAAUGGCCCUUAUGAUGGAAAGUGGAGCAAAACAAUGGUGGGCUAUGGGCCCGAAGAUGAUCACUUUGUUGCAGAGUUGACCUACAAUUAUGGAGUUGGAGAGUAUCGACUUGGCAGUGACUUUCUGGGCAUGACUCUUCUGUCCAGCCAGGCAGUGAGCAAUGCCAGGAAGAUGGGAUGGCCACUCAAAGAAGUUGCAAAGGGUAUAUUUGAAACUGAAGCCCCAGGAGGAUACAAGUUCUACUUGGAAGACCAAGAACAACCAAAGCAAGAUCCCGUGCUAAAAGUAACUUUGGCAGUCUCGAACCUGCAGAAGUCUGUUAGCUACUGGUCUGAUCUGCUGGGAAUGAAAAUUUAUGAGACGAAUGAGGAAAAGCAAAGGGCUUUGCUAGGCUAUGCAGAUAACCAGUGUAAAUUGGAGCUGCAGGGCAUUGGCGGAGCAGUGGAUCAUGGCACAGCUUUUGGGCGGAUUGCCUUCUCUUGCCCAAAGGAAGAGUUGCCGAACAUUGAAGCACUGAUGAAGAAGGAGAAGCAGAAGAUUUUAACUCCCCUAGUUAGCUUGGACACCCCUGGAAAAGCAACAGUGCAAGUGGUUAUCCUGGCUGAUCCCGACGGCCAUGAAAUCUGCUUUGUAGGAGAUGAAGCAUUUAGAGAGCUUUCCAAGAUGGAUCCUAAUGGCAACAAGCUGUUAGAUGAUGCAAUGGCAGCGGACAAAAGUGACGAGUGGUUUGCUAAGCACAAAAUGCAGAAGGCUUCUGCUUAGCUGAAAAGAAUUGUCUCAUAAAUGGUGCCUUUAGCUGCUAAACACGUGAGAUGUGUCCAGUUUUGCAGUCAUGUGGUCCACGUUCAGUGAGAGAGUCUGCAAUGCCCUUUGAUUUAAUAAAAAAAUUCCAGUUCUUACUUAGAGGCUGGAUUCUCCUUGCAGAAGUCUAUAGGAGAAAAG